UGCCAACAGCGCCAUCACUUAUCAUAUUUCAUUACUCCAUUAGUAUGUGUUAUUUAGGGUAUUGACGUAUUGACAACAUGGCGUGCUUGUCAAUCGCUACGACACGCCAUAACACAUUUUAACCUCAAAAAGACUUAUCAUUCUCGUCCAAAAUUUCUGUUCAAUUUAUUUAUUUGAAAAAUGGAGACAAGAAAAACAAAGAAUUUUUUGCUGAGCUAUACGUGCCUGUACGAAAUAAUGUCUAUGGACAAUUCAAAGUACUUGGUGUGGAAAUUGAUGUUUCCACGGUCCGGAGAUACUUUCUUCACAAUUGACAAAUCAUUGGACUUGUGCAGCUGGGAGAAGUUGUACAGCAUACUAAAACGCAUCACAUUACAAUAUGCAGUCUCGUCUGAAUUACCGUUGUCGUCAAUAUCCGUCCAAUGCUGCGAAUUCUGGUACCGGCUGACUAUUGAGAAAGUGACCAUGGACAUACAAUCUGUUCACGAGUUCUGUGGGGUCGACAUCGAUGAGAAUUUAUUACACGAUGAAAUCCUAUGUGUAAAGGUGUACAACAGUGAAACAUUUUCAGUGACUGAAGAAGCUUCAAGUAGUUGUGCUCGAACACCUACCCCUUUAAGCCGUAAGCGGACAUAUUCCGUCACCUACAAGUCUGUGACGGAACGGCGAACCUCGAAUUCAUCCACUCCUACAAAGCCUACAUCUUCACAGACUACCACGAAACCAACACCGAAACGAGUAAGACCAAUCAACAUUAGUCCCACAUCGAGUCGUGGCCCAGAUUGUUCUACCGAAAGUAUCGAUGACAAUGACAACAUUUUUCUCCGCUACUCGGACGAUGAUGAAAACGAGAACGAAAGUGAGAGGAACGGCAGCGAUGAACAAUCUCCAAACUCUUCGUCGAAUGAAACGCAAUCCGUCAGUGAGUCAGCCGAAUCCAUAAAGGAAAUGGAAAUGGAAAAAGGAACAUUGAAGGUCAAAAUGGAUCUGCUCAAACUAAACGAACUCCUAAGAGAUCCCAAGUACUUGAACGGAUUCUGCUACGAGAGUGAGCUCUCAGAUUGCCCAAAUCGAACUUUCAACGUUUAUUCGGUGGACGAAAGAAUCAGUUACGCUGCUUUCCAUAGCCCGCAUAUGGUGCAGAACAUCCGUGACCGAUCUGACCGGUCUGAUUGCAAACUGUUCUUUCGCUAUUCAGCUGAAAUGCUCGAUCGUUUUAACGAUUUCACGGAAAUGAAAUUCGAUGGAAUUGAAACCAUUUUGACGGUCUACGUCAAUCACAUUUCGGAUAGAGUCCGACCAUUCGGGUACGUCUUCUUGUCCAACAAAAAUUCGUCCACGUUAGACAACGUGGUAAAAGUGAUCGAUGAGUGGUUGAAUCCCGUCGGUGCAAUUGCGAUAACUGUCACGAAAUGUGUCACCCCACAGGACACUGCUUUACAUCAAGCGAUUGCUGAGACAUGGCCUCAGGCCAAGCUGAUCGGUUGUUCGGAAGAAUAUCAAAAGGACAUUAAACAUUUCGCGCGACAAAACAAAGGACUGAGAAGUGACAACGCACAUUUAACACAAGUGGCGUGUCUCUUAUGCUAUCUGCCAGCCGUCCACAUUAUCAAGGGCAUAGAACUGAUCGGGAAAAGUAGAUCAUCUGAGUAUGCGAUCAAAUUGGUCAAAUAUUUGCAAACAACAUGGAUGGGUCGUCCGAUCAGCAUUUAUGAUGAGAACAUCGUGUACAGAACGUUGACCGUUUGCAAGCGUUUCAUCAAUCAAAUGCUGCGCAAUCGAUUCAGUGAUGCUUCAUAUGGCCGAGGUGCAGUUCUGAAAGACUGUUGGGAUUUCAUUGAAUUUCUCAAAACAGAAUCGAAAGUAAAUUUCGUCGAAAUGGGUUUGGAUGGCACCAAAUACGGCCGAGGCUGGCGGACAGCUUUUGCGCUCAAUACGAAACUGCAAAAGGAUCGGGAGAGUUGCAUUGUUCGCAUCAGAAACCGGUUUGAAACCAACUUGAAGACAAUGUCCCAGGACGAUGCUGUUGGACAAUUUUUGCAGGAAAUGUUGCGUAAAGUUUGAAUUUAUGUUUGCAUUUUGUUUAUUUGAUUGAAACAUUAAACUUAAGAAACUUCAAAU